AUGCCUUGGAAAUCUAAGACUCGAUAUGAAUGUCGACAAGCAUGUUAUUACCAGGAAAAACUUCUAGAAAUUCGACAACAAUUAAUAAAUGAAAAUCUUAUUCUACGACCAAUUUAUAAAGAUAUUGGAUAUCAUUUGAAGUCAAUAAAUACUUUUCAAAACAAAGUCAAUCAAUUCAUGAACGAAACAAACAGCUAUUCAUCAGUUUUUAAACUCAGUCGCAAUUCUCCGACUGUUAGUCAAAAUCGUUUAGCUGAUAUUGUUGAACGAGUUGAAACAACAUUGAACAAUUUAUUACAUUCUAAAUCUAUUACUGAAACACAAUAUAUGGCUAUGAAGAUCAAUCGAUCUAAAGUACGAAUGCAUUAUUUAUACUUCGUAUCAGACAUACAUAAAGAAGGAAUUCCAGUUCAACCAAUCAUGGUAUGUAAUGAUGGACCAACUAUGGGCAUUAGUCGUUAUCUUGGUCGUCUUCUUGGAUUACUUUUUAAUGAUGCAACUCAUUGUAAAAAAUUUCAUAAAGCUUAUAAUGUUAUACAUGCUAUGGAAUUCUAUCAGAAAAGUGGUCAUCUUCUACCAACCACUUUAUUUACCUCAUUUAAUAUCAAUUAUUUAUGUUUAAAUUUUUCACAUCAACAAGUUAUGAAAGCUUUAGAACAUUUCCUCAAUUCUUACAUCCCAUCAGAUCAUUCUAUUCAAGGUGUGACAAUAACUAGCAUUCUUGAACUUGUACGACUCGUACUCGAUGAACAAUAUUUUAUUUACAAUUAUAAAUUAUAUCGACAAACUGCAGGUAGUGCAUCUGAUUCAUCAUUAACUAUUCCAUUAGUCUAUAUCUAUUUAUUUUAUUGGCAACCAGAUUUAUUAGAAGAUCUUAUUAAUAAGAAUGAACUCUUUUUUAGAUCUGAAGAUGAACUUCGUACAUUACUUGCUAUGACUAACUCACAAUUUCCACAACCUAUAUGGAAUAUAACUCGUAUUGGAUCAACUAUUCAUUUUCGUGAUAUUCUGAUAACUAACAACAACGGUGUUCUUCGAAUUCGUGUUUAUCACGAAAGAAUAUACGAUGACUAUGAAUUACUUUCAUCAUUUCCCGAUAUCAUUCAACCUCCAAUAAUGCAAGAUAUAUGGAAAUGGUUACGUGCCGCUUUCCUAAAAGCCAUACGAUAUUGUGCCAAUCAGGAGAUUUACUUGCAUGAACUGGAAGAAAUCAAAGCGCAACUUAACCUACAUAAAUUGCCUGAUAGUAUCUUCAAUGUAGCCUAUAACGAAAUUCUGGAGGAUUUUGGUGUACCGGUUGUCUAUGAACCAUUCACUCGGUCUCCUCAUGAUAUCAUGCGUGAACAUGUUUUCAACUACGAUAGAUAUCGAAAAGCAAAGAACAAAGAACGACGAAGACAAGGAAAGAGAGAACAACAAAAUAUAUUCCAUCUUCCUCACAUACCGAAUUUGGAUGGUAGUACAAUAGCUAAAAUCGAACAAGAAUUAAAUACAAUCUUGUACCAAAAUUUUGGAGAUCAUCGACGAAUGCAACACAUUUCAAUCAAGCUCCUGCAACAUACGUCAUCUUCGUUAAGUCCCAAUGAACUUCUAGUGAAGAAACGAUCAGAUAUUGAUUAUUUGACAAUGUCAGGCUAUGAGAAAAAGAAAUAA